AUGCUGCCGCAAAAAAAUUUCAGCAGAUGCUUGGUUGAGUGCAACAUCAUGAUGAAGACCAUCGUUGUUUUUUCCGCUUUUGUAGCUGUAACAAUCGCAGCUGUUCUUCCUGAAAAGAACAUUCCUAUCAUCAGUCAAGAGAGCGAAGUCGGUAUCGAUGGAAAUUACAGGUCCUCGUACGAAACCGGUAACGGUAUUAAAGCACAGGAGCAAGGAAGCUUGAAGAAUCCUGGAACUAAGGACGAGGCCGAAGAAGUCGUGGGUAGAGUGCAGUACCAGAGUCCUGAGGGAAUUAAUAUUUUACUGGAGUACAUUGCGAACGAGUUCGGUUUUCAAGCUAAGGGAGACCACCUUCCCGUACCACCGGUAGAUACCAACACUCCACCACCAAUACCGGAGGCCAUUCAAAGGUCGUUGAUUUACAACGCAGCUCAUCCUGAAGAGGACGAUUCCCAGCAGCCCCACGUUCAGCAAACCCAAGGAAACUUCCGUUUUUAGUAUGUAGAAUAUAUAAAUGUUAAUUGAUAUACUCGUAUUUUUGAUUAAUUUUUCUUGUGAAAAAGGAUAGCAAAAUUUUCACCUACCUUUCUGUAUAUAAUAAAAUUGUUUCUUUAUACAAACUCAGCAAAUAAAUGUAUAAAG